UCCCAGUCUACUUGACGCUGGGACAGAUGAGUCGGGAGAGUUAGGCGAAGGCUUUGGAGGGGAAAAAAAGUCACACAAAAAAAAACAAAAAAAAACCCGGCUUUAAAUAGAGAAAAGUACUAAGGAAGCGACCAGCCUGCCUCAAUUCUUGAAAGGUUCCACACUAGACCUUUACCCAGGCUCUGGCCACUUUAUCAUAUGGUACGAACCUAACCAGAGGGAGAAGAGGAGGGAGAUAAUAGGUCCUUUUCCUAUUUAUGUCUGCCUAUUGACUAGCGACGUUUGCAAAUCCUCUGGGCUGUUGUGUCCCAGAGGCCCGAUCUCAGCUGAACUUGUUCCCCAAACUGCACUCCCCUCAGUGGGGUUGGUUGUGACCCAGCUCCAAGCAGCACCAUGACCUCUAUGUCCAGCCUGUUCUCCUUCACCAGUCCAGCUGUGAAGCGUCUGCUGGGGUGGAAGCAGGGGGACGAGGAGGAGAAAUGGGCUGAGAAGGCUGUUGACGCUCUGGUCAAGAAACUGAAGAAGAAGAAGGGAGCCAUGGAGGACCUGGAGAAAGCCCUCAGCAACCCAGGACAGCCCAGUAAGUGUGUGACCAUUCCUCGGUCUCUGGACGGUCGUCUCCAGGUGUCUCACAGGAAGGGUCUCCCCCACGUUAUCUACUGCAGAGUGUGGAGGUGGCCCGACCUACAGUCUCACCACGAGCUCAAACCUCUGGAGGUGUGUGACUAUCCCUUCGGCUCCAAGCAGAAGGAGGUCUGCAUUAACCCCUACCACUACAAGAGAGUAGAGAGCCCAGUGCUGCCUCCGGUGUUGGUGCCUCGCCACAGUGAGUUCAACCCCCAACACAGCCUCCUGGUCCAGUUCAGGAACAUGACUCACAACGAGCCCCACAUGCCUCUGAACGCCACCUUCCCAGAGUCCUUCCAGCAGCACAGCGGGGGCAGUAGCUCCUCCUUCCCAAUCUCCCCCAACUCCCCUUACCCUCCCUCCCCAGCCUCCAGCGGAGGGGUGGGCACCUACCCCAACUCUCCUGCCAGCUCCGGGCCCUCCAGCCCCUUCCAGCUUCCAGCUGAUACCCCACCCCCGGCUUACAUGCCCCCUGACGAGCAGAUGGGACAGGAGGGGUCCAUGGAGACCAGCAGCAGCGGGCCCAGGAACAUGCCUAGUGGGGAUGUGCAGCCAGUGGAGUACGAGGAACCGAGCCACUGGUGCAGUAUUGUGUACUAUGAGUUGAACAACAGAGUGGGUGAGGCCUACCAUGCUUCUUCUACCAGCGUCCUGGUGGACGGCUUCACCGACCCCUCCAACAACAAGAACCGCUUCUGCCUGGGGUUGCUCUCCAACGUCAACCGCAACUCAACCAUAGAGAACACACGCCGCCACAUCGGCAAAGGGGUCCACCUGUACUAUGUAGGAGGUGAGGUGUAUGCAGAGUGUCUGAGUGACACCAGUAUCUUCGUUCAGAGUCGUAACUGUAACUAUCACCAUGGUUUCCACCCCACCACGGUGUGUAAGAUCCCUAGUGGCUGCAGUCUGAAGAUCUUUAACAACCAGGAAUUUGCUCAGCUGCUGGCCCAGUCUGUGAAUCACGGCUUUGAGGCGGUCUACGAACUGACCAAGAUGUGCACCAUCCGAAUGAGCUUUGUAAAGGGCUGGGGAGCUGAGUAUCACCGACAAGAUGUCACCAGCACCCCCUGUUGGAUAGAAGUGCACCUUCACGGCCCUCUGCAGUGGUUGGAUAAAGUGCUGACACAGAUGGGCUCUCCUCUCAACCCCAUCUCUUCAGUGUCUUAAUGGGUACCCCCCCCCCCCCCAGACCAGACUCUCAACCCCAUCACUUCAGUGUCCUAAUGGGUACCCCCCCCCCCCCAGACCAGACUCUCAACCCCAUCUCUUCAGUGUCCUAAUGGUUACCCCCCCCCCCAGACCAGACUCUCAACCCCAUCUCUUCAGUGUCCUAAUGGUUACCCCCCCCCAGACCAGACUCUCAACCCCAUCUCUUCAGUGUCUUAUUGGUGCCCCUCCCCCAAGACCAGACUCUCAACCCCAUCUCUUCAGUAUCUUAUUGGUGCCCCCCCAGACCAGACUCUCAACCCCAUCUCUUCAGUGUCUUAUUGGUGCCCCUCCCCCAAGACCAGACUCAACCACAUCUCUUCAGUGUCCUAAUGGUUACCCCCCAGACCAGACUCUCAACCCCAUCUCUUCAGUGUCUUAUUGGUGCCCCCCAGACCAGACUCUCAACCCCAUCUCUUCAGUGUCCUAAUGGUUACCCCCCCAGACCAGACUCUCAACCCCAUCUCUUCAGUGUCUUAUUGGUGCCCCCCCAGACCAGACUCUCAACCCCAUCUCUUCAGUGUCUUAUUGGUGCCCCCCCAGACCAGACUCUCAACCCCAUCUCUUCAGUGUCUUAUUGGUGCCCCUCCCCCAAGACCAGACUCUCAACCCCAUCUCUUCAGUAUCUUAUUGGUGCCCCCCCCCAGACCAGACUCUCAACCCCAUCUCUUCAGUGUCCUAAUGGUUACCCCCCCAGACCAGACUCUCAACCCCAUCUCUUCAGUGUCUUAUUGGUGCCCCCCAGACCAGACUCUCAACCCCAUCUCUUCAGUGUCCUAAUGGUUACCCCCAAGACCAGACUCUCAACCCCAUCUCUUCAGUGUCUUAUUGGUUGCUCCCCAGAGACCAGACUCUCAACCCCCAUCUCUUCAGUGUCUUAUUGGUCCCCCCCCCCCCAGAGACCAGACCAGCCAGGCUGGGAGGUUCUUUUCCACAUUUUUAUUUUUAAUGUUUUAAUGAGUGAAAGGAGAUGAUAAAAGGCGGAACUGUUUACAGUAUCUGGCUGCAGAAGGGAUGUUGAACCCAGAGCAGCAGAAUUAAAAGAAAGAAAAUGGAGGCUACAAGCAGAAGAUUAAAGUAGAGUAGCGGCACAAAAUAAUGGACAAAGUACUGCUCUGAGUCAUCCACUACCAACCAUGUGCUUAUUCUAUUGAGAGUAGUAGGACUGGAAAGCAUGUACCUUACUUUAUAUUUUAAAUGUUUUUUUUAAAAGGAUUUUGCAUAAAAUGUUUGAAAUAUUUUCUUUCUGUAAUAAUGAAAUAAUAAUGAAAUGUAUAUCACUACUACAAAUUUACCACAGUCAAACUACUUACAUUUUUUUUUCUAAUGCCAGAUAUUUUACAUCUAAGGUAUAGAUAUCAUUAUGUUUACUAUUAAGACAGAUCUCAAUGUUUCCAGUUUAUAGUUUCUAUCACUAGAAAAACUUGAGUUACUGCCAUUUUAAAUAAAGUAUGUCUAACUGAUAACUAUGA